AUUAUAGACUGUAACAAAGUCCAUGACACAUGAGCACUUAUUACUCGAAUAUAAAACCACUAAGGUUGUGAAUGUACUGUGAUCCUGACGCAACUGUUGAAGCUGUAUCGUCCACCAGCGAGGGCUCAGUUUAGCUCACCAUCGGGUUAGCUCAAAAAUGUACCUAGUUCUAUCUUUCGUCAUUUGUUUUUUACCAUCACUGUAUGGAAUGCCAAAAAUAACAAAUCAUUUCAACCUUCCAAUUACUGCUCUCGAAAUUCCUGCAGAAGCCAGUCUUGCUCAACAAGCUGCAAGCGUAGCAGUCCACUUUUUAAACUAUCACCAUGGAUCCCCAACCAGAGUAUAUGAACUACAUAAAGUGAAGAAAGCCUAUAUUGAGGUAAUUUUGAACAUUGGACACAAGUACCACUUAGAAUUCGAAGUGAGAAAUCAAGAAGGCCCUUCACAUGUUACUAUCAACUGUGCAGCUAAUGUACUCUUCCAAAAGAAAAAAAAUUCAAACACAGCUUUAAAAUGCAAUAUGAAAGAUGAUAUGAAAGGCAGCUUUGAAAAAGAUAAUAAAUUUUACCUCAAUUUGCAACAGAAGCAUCUUGUGGUAGGCUACAGUAUCCCAGAUAAUUAUGGAUUUAUACAUCCUGACAUGAUGCCAAUCUGGCUUCUGGCAAAAGUUAGUGCCAGUUAUAUCAUCUGGAAAAAAUCCACUGAAGUUAUGAAGUAUAACAUGGUUCAAAUACAGAAAGUUAACCAACAGAUAAGGAAAGACAAAUUUCUUCGAUUUAUUUACACAAUUCUUCUCCAUGAGUUGCCAACUCAGGAGACUGUCACUUGUUUUAUGUGGGUGAAGUGGCACCCCAAAAAAUCCGUGAUUGUGAAAUACUUUUGCUUGCCAUCUCUAUCUGAAAGCUCUUUUAACGCAUUGGAAGCCGAGAGAUUUGAAGGGUCAGGACUUGAAAGAUUCGAAGGGUCAGGAUUGGAAAGGCCCGAAGAGUCGGGAUUGGAAAGAUUCGAAGGAUCGGGAUUGGAAAGGACCGAAGGAUCGGGAUUGGAAAGGACCGAAGGAUCGGGAUUGGAAAGAUUCGAAGGAUCGGGAUUAGAAAGGACCGAAGAGUCGGGAUUGGAAAGGACCGAAGGAUCGGGAUUGGAAAGAUUCGAAGGAUCGGGAUUGGAAAGAUUCGAAGGAUCGGGAUUGGAAAGGACCGAAGAGUCGGGAUUGGAAAGAUUCGAAGGAUCGGGAUUGGAAAGGACCGAAGAGUCGGGAUUGCAAAGAUUCGAAGGAUCGGGAUUGGAAAGGACCGAAGAGUCGGGACUGGAAAGGACCGAAGAGUCGGGACUGGAAAGAUUCGAAGGAUCGGGAUUGGAAAGGACUAAAGGGUUGGGAUCAGAAAAAUUUGAAAAGUCGGGAUCAGAAAGAAUUGAAGGGUCAGCUAUGGAAGGUCUUCUCAUAAACUGAGCUCAAACCACUCACAUACUAGUCUCAUUUACCUAAAGUGAUUAUUUUCCAUUGCAUUUGUAGCAGUAUGUACGACAGUUCAAAAAAGAGAAUAUUACGAACAUUGCACGUGAACUAAUUUAACUAAUAUUUAUAACCACCAAUGAGUUUAACACUGCUGCUCAAAUGUUGUCCUCAAAUUACAUUUUCUAUUAUUGCUUUAAAUAACAUAUUUAAACAGUACAAGAUACUGAAGCUGUGGUCAAGCUUGUGUGCUAACUUAAUGCUAUGAUGUGGAAGUGCCGGAGGUGGAUUGGGGUGGACAAAGUUAAAAAUCACAUGACACCAAGAUAUAAUCCAACAG